UCUGAAAUCAGGGAAAUCACACGCCUAGGUCCUAAAGAAACAAAGACGUCUGAAAAUUUACUCCGCGCCUAAAUGAAAUUUGAAAUUGAAAAUCCCCUGCUCAUCCCAUUCCAAUUUCCAAGACUAAUUUAAUUUUAUACUUAUUCACUUUGCCUCUCUUUCUCUGCAAAUUAACCGUCAGAAAAUGGCAAAAGGAAAGACCACCAACUCCCCCGCUGCUCUCCACCACCCCCCUUACUUUGAGAUGAUAAGUGAAGCUAUAUCCACACUCAAGGAGAGGACAGGAUCGAGCCAGCCUGCCAUUGCAAAAUUCAUUGAGGACAAGUACAAGAACACCUUGCUGCCUUCGAAUUUCAAGAAACUCCUCUCCGUCCAAUUGAAGAGGUUCGUGAAAUCAGAGAGACUCAUCAUGGUUAAAAAUUCCUACAAGUUAUCUUCCACCGAGAAGCUUAAGUUGGCCAUCAAAGAAACCCAGGACGCAAAGGUCCUUGCCAAGAAGCCUAUAGCGCGUAAAGAGAAAACAGACAAGAAGAUUACAGAGAAAGCAGCUAAGACCAAGAGGCUUAGCCAUGUUAAGACCCCCGAGGCUCUCAAGAAGGCAAACAAGAAUGAAAAGAGUGCAAAGACGAAGAGACCGAGUCAGGUGAAGACACCAGAUGGGUUCAAGAAGAAACGCAAUUCUAAGGUUAGGAGGUGAUGCAUAAUGGUCGGAUAGUUAAUAUUACUUGAAGUGAUUAAGAGAAGAAAAUGUCGGUUGUAGCCUAUAGUAAUGCUUAUGCCUAGGUAAUUAAGUACUUUUUGUAUUAGCAAGCCUUCAGCCCUGCUGCUCGGCUGCUCCUACUGUAGGCACUUUUCGCAUCACUUACCAGGAGGCCCUACUUUUGAAGUAAAUAAGUACUCGUUUAUGGUUUA